AAAAACUUGCACUGAAGCAAUAACCUCAUAUAUUUUCACAAACAUAAAAAAUCGCCUCUUCAUCUGAUUCGUGAUGAAAAUGGCCAUUACCAGCUUUACCCAGGAAUUCACCACUUCCAUCGCUCCAUCGAGGAUGUUUAAGGGUUUGAUCCUCGAAUCCCACAACCUCAUCCCCAAAAUUGCUCCACAGGGCAUCGAGAGCAUUGUGUUUGUUGAGGGAGAUGGGGGUGUUGGAAGCAUCAAGCAGACCAACUUUGCCAAUGGUGGGCACUUGAAGUGGCUGAAGCACAAGACUGAUGCUAUUGAUGCAGAGAAGCUUGUCUGCAAGUACUCAUUGAUCGAGAGUGAUAUUGCAUUCGAAAAGAUUGAGUCGGUGGUAUACGAGGUAAAGUUUGAAACUUCCAGUGACGGUGGGUGCGUCUGCAAGAUGACCAGCGAGUACCACGUGAAGGCCGGUGUGGAGCUGAAGGAGGAGGACAUCAAGCAGGGAAAGGACAGGGCCAUGGGUCUCUACAAAGUUGUCGAGGAAUACCUCCUUGCCAAUCCUGAAGCCUAUGCUUAACUUGAGUUUGGCUCAGAAUUUGGUUAUGUUGAGGGAUCGUGGAUUGUCUAUUGUCUACUUGAGUUUUCUAAUCUUACACUUUGUUUUUGGGAGUUCUUAUUAAAUAUUUUUUUAGAAUGUGGCUUUGUCUCGAAGGUUUUGGGCAUAACAAGUCAAUAAUACGUAUUGUUGUCAUUUUA